UGUUCGGACGGAACGGCUGACGUUCGAAAGCUGAAAUUGAACCCUGCACUCCACAUUCUUGCCGCUGACAGGCUCGGAAAGCUAUAAGUCAAAGUUUCGGUUCGGCAUUGAGAUGGUUGCUUCAAGUCAAGGGCGGAUUUUUUGGGAACGAGUGGCCUGUUGAUUGAGUGGUUGAGAAAUAGUGCUUGAACAGUGGGUAUUUCGUUGCAAUGCGAAACAAUAAUUAAAUGAGAGAUGAAACGUGUGAAUAGUGCAGGGUUUUUAUGUACCUUGAAUGCACUCGUACCUGAUAAGUUCAAUGGAUGGCUAAUCUACAGGGAUUUGACGAGAAAGAGAGACUGAACGUGCUCUACGAGAAGAACUGGACGAGGUUGGUGACUGCGCAGCUGAAGAGGUUCGAGAAAGCAGUCGUGGAUGCCGGUAAAUCAGACGAUACUUCCAGAUACUCAUCUAAUUCUUCCUCGUGGACUUACGGUGGGGCCUUGUUGUACUCCGUCACUCUGCUCACCACCGUUGGUUACAGCAGACUCACGCCUAAAACAACCCUUGGCAAACUGAUGACAAUCAUUUACGCCAUAUUUGGGGUGCCAUUGAUGUUGGUCCUCCUGUCUGAACUAGGCAGCAUGUUCGCCGGUGGUGCCACGAAGGGGUACAUGAAAUUAUGUUGCAAGCACAAGAGGCCGAGGUCCAAGAACGAUACACAUUCCAGCGUUGGGUAUCAUAAGGCGCCAUCCAGUCCGUCAGGAAAGCACUACUACAAGAAUAACGAAGAUUCCGCAUCUAUCCAACUGUCUUCCUGUCACGCCACGCCUAACCACCAUGGUGCUGUCACACCGGUUAAGCAUUCUCUGUGCCAUAACAGUCCUCAGCAGUACAUGGAAUACCACCACGUACACCACCAAGAGAUACCGAAGAGAGCCAUGCUGGCCACCGUUAGAUCGGGGAGGUCCAGGGGAGGCUGCAGACAGGGUCCCGUCAAACAGAUGCUGGUAGAUCCAUCGCUUUGUCCGCAACAUUGUCACGGUCCGCCCAUCGUCAAGAACUGCGCGUAUGGUGGCACUAUGAUCAUGGCUUCGGACAUCGAGGAAGGGGAAGAAGGAGAGGAUAACGAACAUGGAGGCUGCGCACACGCAACGCCAUCCAGAAUGCCCCUGAUCUGGAAGCAGCCUCUGGAGGACAACCAAUGCCACCAUCUCCAGAACUCCAAAGCCAGAGCCUCCGACACACCGUCAGUGCCUACGUCGUUGAUAGUCCUCAUCCUAGUCUCCUACAUCUGCGCAGGCGCGGCAGCUUUGGUGACUGCCAGCGGAUGGAACUUCUUAGAAGCCGUCUACUUCUGUUUUUUGGCCCUCUCGACGAUAGGCAUCGGCGACAAGCUACCCCAGAGUCCCGAUCUGUACGCGCAACUGCAACUCUUGGCGUGCUGCGUCUACCUCUUCGUCGGGCUGAUUCUGAUAGCCAUGUGUUUCAGUUUGGUGCAGGACGAGAUAACCAACAAGUUUCGACAGAUAGCGGGAAAUAUCGGAUAUUUUCGACAGUGAAGUGUAAAGAUAUUUUGUUCAUAUACUAAAUAAAACGUUUGAAUUA